UUUUUUUGAUAGAAAGGUAUGUGAAUGGUCUUCUUCCACACAAAGCACGAACUCUCAACUUGCUUUAGGGCGCUCUCUCUCCAUCUCUCUUUUUCCGCACCGAGAAGAAGAUUUUUCUUGGCUGGAGCAAUAAAUCCGUAUCUUCCAGUCCAUCUCUCGGAUCGUUGCUUCGAUGCCUGCAAAUUCUUUCCAACUUUCGCCAUUGCAGAACCCUAAGCAGUCCGAAACCGCUCCCUUUCUUUGCAGAGAGGCGGGCGUUUUCGGCUUCUCUGUAACUAGAAAAUCCACCAAUCUGUUGUUCGUCUCUCAAUUCAGAGGGCGCAUGACUUAUACUGUUUGAAGGCUCUGAAAUUUCGUGUCUCCAUGGCGCCCAGUCGCAGAAGAGGUUCUAGCAAAGCUUCUGCCGCCGCCGCCGCCGCCGCCGCCUCCCGGCGGCAAUGGAAGGUUGGAGAUCUGGUUCUUGCCAAGGUGAAGGGGUUUCCUGCCUGGCCUGCAACAGUAAGUGAACCUGAAAAGUGGGGAUACUCAACUGAUUGGAGGAAAGUUCUUGUUUACUUCUUCGGAACCAAGCAAAUUGCAUUCUGUAAUCCUGCUGAUGUCGAAGCGUUUACAGAAGAGAAAAAGAAAACACUGCUUGUUAAACGCCAGGGUAAGGGGGCCGACUUUGUUCGUGCAGUAGAGGAGAUUAUUGAUAGCUAUGAGAAGGCAAAAAAACAGGACCAGGUUUUUGAGUCCAACUCUGGUGAUGAAGGUGCUGUGUCUAACACUGGGAACUCGGAGGGUUCCAUGGGUAAAUUGUUGUUGAAGGUUCAGAAGCAAAGUCCUGGUAUGAUUACCAAUCCUCUAUCAGAAACUUUACAUGCUUCUGCAGGAAAAAAUGAAUUAUGCAAUCCUGUUGAGGUUCCUGUUGAUGAAAUGGAAAUUACUGAUCUUUGUAAGACGGGAAAGGCAUCAGGGGAGUUGAUUGUGAGUGAUUUGUUACUUGAUAACCAUAGAGAAACACCUUUAGAGGCGAGUAACUCCUUAGGAAAAAGAUUAAGAGACACACCUCUGCAAGGAUGUAUUACACAAAGAAGGGCAAUGUCAGUUCGAAGGUCUAGAACUUCAUCAAGGGUUGAUCCCUGUAAAUUGCAAAACCUAAUUAUGCAACUAAACCAUUGCAGGAAAACUUCCGAUGACACUGUUUACAAUGUAUUGCUGGAUGAGUCUGUUGGGAACAAAAGGACCAAGCAUUCCCUGGGUACCCCUAUUGGACAUGAAACAAAUUCACCUGCACACUCUCCAGCUUUUGCUUCUAAUGGCAACAGCGAGGAUACUGUCUCUGAAGUAAUUGCCACUACCUCUGAUUCUGUUAGUUUGAAUGAAAGUAGUGCAGUAGAGUCUCAUUGCAAAAUUGACAAUGCUGAAGUUUCUGUGCAUUUAAAGAGGGAUGUUGAGUUACAUGAAUGUUUUGAUCUUGGGGGUAAGGCAGUUGUCCUUAAGAAGAGAAGGAAACUAACCAGAAAGCGAGCUUCCAAGGAUGCGGGGAAAUUUACUUCUAUGCCAGACAAUGAGGAAGCUCCAGAGGAUGUAGCUUCUAAAUCUGUAACAAAUGUACCCAAAAAACUAAAUGAAAGUUUUUGUAAGGGAGAUGGGGAUGGACACUUGCCAUUAGUAAAACGAGCUAGAGUUCGAAUGGGUGAAGCAGCUAUAGAGGACAAGGAACUUAAUAAAUUCAUGCAGAAAGGGGACAAAUCCUCGGAAGGGUUAUUGGGUAAUAACAUAGAGCAGGCAUCCACAUCAUUCUGUUAUGUUGGAAAUCCUCCUGAGGAUACUUCAAUUGAGGUAAAAGGAUGUGGGAAUAGCUGCUCAUCCCCAUCAAAAGGCUGCACCAAUUUUAUAGAAAAUGGAACUCUGUUCUGGAAAGCCACAAAGUUUCAGUUGCGUGGUAGGUCGAUUGAUGUUGAAGCUGCUUUGCCUCCAUCUAAACGCCUUCAUCGGGCUUUGGAAGCUAUGUCUGCCAAUGCAGCUGAAGAUGAUGAAGCAUGCAUUGAAGCCACUGGAACUACAAAGAUGCUGUCUAACAGGUGCAAUGCUUCUUACACGAAUACCCCCCAUAUUCCAAUGGUCAGCAUAGAAGGGAAUGCUGUGGAUGUAGAGAAUGGUGAAGUAGAUAAAGCAUUGGAAGUACAGAAUACAAAAUCUUGUGAUAAAGCAUUAGAAGUAAGGAAUAUGAACUCUUGUACUAAGACAUGUCUGGAAGGAAAUUCUGGAUUUCCAACCAGUUUGACCCCACCAAAUUCUGGGUCACUGACAGAAAGUUCUUCGGAGAUGCACGUUUCUGAUCACCUUAACCAAAACCCCAUUAGUCCAAUAAAUGAGGACUACAGAGAAAAGUUUGAGGCCAGGAAUGGUGUUGGCUAUGAUCAUGACAUUUCGUCUGUUUAUUCUAUUGCCAAAACUGAUAUUGAUGUCAGAAACUCUCAACCUUGUCUAUCUAAUUCUAUUGAAGGGAAGGUUCAUUUCUUAUCUGAACAAGCACUAUUGCUUCAUCCUCCAGGUUCCAUAGAAGAAGUCAAAAGUAACAUCAUAGACAUGGGCAACAAGUGCUUGGAUGAUUAUUCAGAAAUGAAUAAUGAUGUUCAAUGUGCAGUCCAGGGAGUUGACCCUACUUCAAAGGCUAAAGAAGUUGAGAACAUCUUGCACCUUAAUAGUGAUGGCAUGAUACUGUCUGCCACAGAUGAGCAUUCUUCUGAAAGGAAAGAGUCUUUGAAGUGUCAAUCAGAUGAGGCUUGCAACAGUAGGGGCAUGUACGAUGUUGUGAAAGAAUUUAAGCAAACACAAAUACAGAGGGAUACACAGACAUCAACGAAGAUUUUGAUUGCUGCUUCUCAGGCUAAGGGCCAUUUGUCAUGUUCAAAAUCCUUUUCUGACAACCUUUUGGAUAAUAGGGUUGCUUCAGAUGCUGUGUCAAGUCCAUCUCCAACCACUAGGAUAGACUCCCAUGAGAAAAUAUCUCCUGAUCCCCCAGUUUGCCAUGAAUCUUCUUUGGAUAAUAAAAGCAAACUUGUACAUAAUGGUAGCGGAAAUCCUGAUAUUCUUCCACAUCAUAAGAAAACCAUGAAUGUGCUUGAUGCUGAUGAAGUGAAGUUUGAAUCAGCUGUAACUCGUCGAGAUAAGUCUCUCAGUAAGUGGAUCAUCCAUGCAGAAGCAAAUGCUGCUCGGAGAUCUUUUGAGAUGAUGCUUGGAACAUUAUCAAGGACAAAAGAGAGUAUUGGUCGAGCAACACGCCUAGCAAUGGACUGUGCAAAGUAUGGCAUUGCUUAUGAGGUGGUGGACAUUCUUGUUCGAAAUUUGGAAAACGAAUCAAGCUUACACAAAAGGGUGGAUUUGUUUUUCUUAGUGGAUUCUAUAACUCAGUGUUCUCGUGGCCAGAAAGGUGAUGUUGGAGAUAUAUACCCUUUGGCAGUUCAAGCAAUGCUUCCACGCCUAUUGUCAGCUGCUGCUCCUCCUGGAAAUGCUGCAAGGGAAAACCGUAAGCAAUGUCUCAAGGUUUUGAGACUUUGGCUGGAAAGGAAAGCCCUUCCAGAAUCCAUUAUUCGCCACCAUAUGCAAGAACUUGACUCCCUUACUGAUACAUCUCUUCCUAGUACUUCCUCUCGGCGCUCAUCAAGAUCAGAGAGGGCCUUAAAUGAUCCUGUUAGGGAAAUGGAUGGUAUGCUUGUUGAUGAGUAUGGAAGCAAUGCUAGUUUCAAGAUUUCAGGUUUUCACAUGCCUCGCAUGCUUGAAGAUCAAGAGGGAAGUGAUGAUGAAAAAUGUUUUGAGGCUGUUACUCCUGAACAUGUACCCGAAGUCCCCAAAGAGCUAGAAACAACCUCAGCAUCCAUUACUGAAAAGCGUAGGCAUAUUUUGGAAGAUGUUGAUGGUGAACUUGAAAUGGAAGAUGUGGCCCCGUUAUGUGAAGCUGAGGCAAACACAAUAUAUAAUGUUGCCGGAAUUGAUACUGCACAUACUUCAUAUUGUCAGUUUGAACCGCAACAGCCACUGACCUUUGCCCCUCCACUCCCUGAAGACAUGCCCCCGUCUCCUCCUCCUCUGCCAACUUCUCCACCACCCAUUGCUCCCCCUUCCCUUCCCCCUCCUCCACCGGUCAUGUCCCAUUGUUUUACUGAUGUUGUAGAUCAAAAAAUCUACCUUGACAAACAUAGUCAACAAGAGAACAUGCAGCAGUCUGUGGAUCAGCAAACUGGCAGGCCAAAUGUCAACUCUGUAACCUUGGAUGCAGCGUCUUAUUAUGCUCCUGAACAUAGGGAUCUUCCAAAGCAGAUGCAGAGAUCCAGUAGCUCUGGAUCAUGUGGCACUCUUCCAGGCUCUCAUCCAUCAGUGCAUUCUGGAAAUAAUGUUCAGCAGACAGAUGGUGUGUCCUUGCCCAGGAAGGCUUACCAUCUGCAGCCUCCACCUCCCCUGGUAUCAAAUCAGUUCUCUUAUGUCCAUGCAGAUAGGUGCAUGCCAUCUUGGAGAGAAACAUCAUCCCCAUCAUUUAGCAAGAGGUUUCAGUUUGGUCAUGAUAAUAGUGAAGGGAAAUUAUACAAUGGUCAAGAUAGAAUGAAGGUGGCUCCACGUGAGAUUGGUGAGCGUGUUAGACUUUCUGCGCCGUUUCGUUCGGGGCUAGUUCAUUUUGACAAAGCUGACAUGUCAUAUGCACCUAUUUCCUACUAUGGACCACCAUUAGAACCCAUGCGAGCCUCAAGCCAUGGAUGGGCUUUUCCUCCCAGAGUGUUGAACUACAGGCACUCAAUGCCUUCUCUUAGACCUUCAGAAGUUCCAAACUUCUGGAGACCGAGAUGAGUCUCCUCAAGGAGCUUGAAAGCACAGGUAUGAUCCAUUUUUUAUCUGGAUUCUGCGGCUUGUUCAAACAUUUGAGGCAUUCUUUCUUGGAGAAUCAUUGCAAGCGAAAGGUCUAAUGAGGAUCGGCCCGAAGGAUGGCACGCCCAGUGUACCUCAUUGUAUAUACUUUAUAAUUGUUUCUGCAAAAGCAGAAGGUGGAGCCAGUCCUUGCAGAGAGAGUUCUACUUUAGUCACAGGCUGUCAUGUAUCUAUUGUCCUUUCAUUUAAAUGAAAAUAGUUUUUUAUGUUCUUUUUAUUUAUAGGGAAAUUAUUGACAAUUUUUUUCUCCAAUUCAUAAUCCAGUUUUUGGCAAUAUGAUAUUUUGCAUUUCUGUUA